AUGUCAAUGGGUGUUUUCAUGAAUUUUGACAAUGACAAUCAAAACAAAAAAAGGAACUGAAAACUAAACAAAAACAAGACAUUUUUAAUUGGAAUAAAGAUGUUGUCAAAUGAAUAUCAAGAGGUAACGCUUGGAGAAGUGAAUGAAGCCCUCAAAGAAAUAGAAAACAAGUAUUCCAAUGGUAUUCCAAAUAUAAAUAGUGACAGUGAUGGUUUUGAAGAAACUUUGGCUGUAUUGUCUAAGGAAUAUGACUCUGUUGGUCUACCAACUUUGGACCUAUCAGCUUCCAUUUGGAAAGUAUUUAAACAAGUUGUCAGUGGUGCUCGUUCUCUAAUACAAAUACAUAGAAGAACUAUAGCUAAAAUGAAGGAUGUGAACAUUGAUAAUAGAUGUAAAGAUACAAGAAGUGGGGAAUUAUAUAAAAUUAUUGAUGAUUGCAAAACUGACAUAGAUAAGGCUGAAGAGAAAAAUUCUGCACUGAAAAAUAAAAUGAAAGCACUUCUACAAGAAAUCUCCAACUUGAAAAAAUAUGAAAGAGUCUUGAGAACAGAGAUGGAACAAGUAAAGAGAAUCAAUACAGCCCAACAGAAUCAAUUGACUCUAGAAAUCAAGAAACUGACAAGAGAGAACCAAAGAUUAAAGGAGACUUUAGGAACAGACCUAAAUAUUUAUCAAUCCAAAGACCAAGUAGUCCUGAAGCUAUUGGGGAAAUAUAAGUCCAAUGAAGACAUUUUCAAGAGUACAAUUCAAAAAUUGCAAGGAAACAACAAAGAAUUACUACAUGAAGUAUUUAGUCUAAGAGAACAACUUAGCAAUGUUUCUAAGGAUUGUGACUCAGCUGACUGAUUUAUUCAAGAUUUAUAUUUUUUUGUCCCAUACUUUUUUGUAUCCAGCUGACUGACUUUUUAUACUGAUUUUAUACUGUUAAAUGUGACCAUGAAAGUAUAAUAUUUUCCUGAAUAA